AUGUUCGCUGAAAAGAAGUGGAACCUGCUUGUAUGGGCUGAUAGCACUCUUUCUUCUGCAGGUAAACGUUACGAUGGUGGUGUGAAGCCAAAAUGGAAUCUAAAUCAAGUGCAGGUUGUCAACUACAAUUUGAGCAGGAGAGGAAAGUGGGAAAGAGCAUCCUGGAGGCCGUUCAGCCACAGCCACUACAGCCCUCUCAACGUCACAGUUAACGGCAUCCCCUGCAUUCUCUUCUGGGCCAAGAGAAUCAUGAUUAAGUUUGAAAACCAGACACAGCUGGACUUGACAGAGAAGACAUUUGGUGUCCAUGCAACAGUGGAUGUUGGAGAUUCAAACUGCAGUGAAGACAACGCAAUGCUUUCUCUGAAGUUCGGUGACAUUGGUGAUCUAAAGGGACUUGUUAUUAGAUUCUUAUUAACAACCAGCUAUUACCAGCUGUCUGUUCAGAACUGGUUCAGUCUACACAGACUGCAGCUCCUUUACAACCAUUCCAUACAAGCAACAUUUAAUGCGACCAGAAUAUAUGCACCAGCAAGUUACUCCUACCACUGUGAACAUGUGAGCAGCUUGCAGAGAUAUGAUGCACUUCUAAUACCCAGCUCUGCAAAUGAUCUGUCAAAGCUUUGGGAAGUCACGUUUAUUGAUUUCCAGAUUCAAGGCUUUAACAUUCAAGAAGGACAUUUUGCCUAUGCAAAGGACUGUGCAUCCUUUUUCUCUCCAGCAAUACUCAUGGGAUUGGUUAUGUCACUGAUUCUGCUUCUGGUUCUUGCCUAUGCUCUUCACAUGUUGAUCCACCUGAAAUCUCUUGACAGGCACUAUGAAUGCAAAGCUUCUCCUGCCUAUUUUGGCCAAAUGAAAGACAGUGACAUUGGGGAUGAGAAAGAGCCACUGAGAAGCAGUGGAAAUGAGUCCUAUGAACUUAGAAACCAACAAGUCUGUAAAAUUUAUAUUUAGCAGUAUGCUAAACGUAAGUGGUAUUUUCUUCUGCUGGCACUGUCGUACAUAGUUUUUACAGGUUUUUCACAGAGUGAUGAAAGGAAAAGUAGGUAACAGACUGCUAUUUAGUGAUAACCAUCUCAAAGAUGCCUUGGGAAACAAGAUGAGAGAAAAAAAAAUCCUUUGUGAGUAAGAGAUUUUGUGUAAUGGGAGUUUAUACCUGUAGUACAAAAGGAAAAUGCUUAUCUUUUCAGCCAGCUACCAAGUCCUGAAGAGAGGAUUAGUAAUUUGAAGUUAAAUAAAGGUAUAACAAACUCA